AUGCUUGAACUUGUAAUGAACCUAAAAUUAAGCAAUCUUUUUAUUUUGCCUUACAAUAAAUAUUUGAGUCAUUGGGGUUUGGAUACUUGGUCAUCACUCAAGGUCACCAGAAUCAUCUGGUCACUCUGUGUUGCAAGAUCAGUUUUCAUUAAAUCAAAUACCAUCAGUUGGCGGGAUAUGAAGUUUAAUAUUUGUUUUGUUUUGGGUGGACCGGGUGCUGGGAAAGGUACAGUAUGCCAGCAAAUUGUGAAGGAAUAUGGAUUUGUACAUUUAUCUGCUGGUGAAUUACUUCGACAAGCUCGCGAUUCACCAGGUUCUGAAUUUGCUAGUGAAAUACAAGAACACAUGAAAAAUGGGACAAUCGUACCGGCUGAAAUUACCUGUGGCUUAUUAUAUCAAGCAAUGCGAAAAAAUUCUGAAAAUGCUAAUUGUACAAAUUUUCUUGUGGAUGGUUUUCCACGUAAUGAUGAAAAUCGUUUGUGUUGGGAAAAAGAUUUAGGCCCUCAUACGAUAUUAAAAAAUGUCAUUGUUUUAGAUUGUCCAGACGAUGUAUGUAUCCAACGUUGCCUUGGACGAAAGUCAAAUCGAGUGGACGAUAAUGAAGAAACAUUAAAGCAUCGUAUAAAACAAUUCAAAGAACAAUGUAUGCCGAUUAUUCAAUUCUAUGAAGCACAGAAUUUGGUGACCAGAAUUAAUGCAAAUAAGUCUAUACCUGAGUGAAUGUGUAGUUAUAUUAAGCGUUCAAUCAUAUUAUUUUGUUGUACAUAUUGAGGCCCAAAUAUUCUGUUACUUCGAGUAUUCUAAACCGAGUCAAAUUACAUAUUCUCCGAGAUUAGCGUCAAGUUUAUUAUAUGGUCGACUACACGCAAUCAUUUGAUGGGAGAAAAAUUUCGGAAAUUUUGUAUUCUAGUCUGUUAAUCUCAUUGUAAUUGUCAAAUUUAUCGACAGAUCACAUCCUCAGAAUAUUUCUUAUGGUAAGUGAACAGAGGUAACUGGCCGAACCGUUUCAUAUAAUAGUGCAUCCCUCUACCAUAAUGGCCCGAGUGUUCAUCCAACCUGGAUAGAUUAUCCAAACAACUACAUUCGACCUCAUUUAUUUUCCGUACAAACUGCACACAUACAAUUCCAACGACACUACUUCAUAUUACAAAUUACAUAUUUUUCAUACCCAUCAUCACACAUACAAAUAGACAUAGUUGUCUCAUACAAAAUGACCUUGACCAGAACUAACGUGACAUUGACAUGUUCAGACCUUUUAUGAUCACAAUUGAUUGAUCACUGGGUGGUGAUCAGUGUCAUGUGUGUCAAUUCCUUCUUAGUGCAGAUCGAAUGCUAUCGACUAAGUUGCAAUGUGGCCGCCAGUCUAGUUGACUCGACACUGCAUGCGCUAAGUUGAGACUAGAUGGUUUGAGGUAGUCGACAGGAAACCCUGGACCCAGGGUUUCAUGCUACUUGGCACUCGUCAGCAAGGUGUACCUGUAAUCUUGAGGGCACCGGUGCUCCUGACGGAUUCGAUCCCGUGUCACCCAGCUUCACAGUCAGAGACUUUACCACUGAGCUAUCCGGGCUGCGACCGACCUCCUGUAGGACUGAGAUGUAGUCACAAUUGAUCAAGUCACGAAACAUAAGGAAUACAAUUUUAUACUCAUUGGGAUAUCACAAAAAGCAUAAUUAUUCGAUUAUAUAAAUUAUAAGUUUAGGGGUUGUGGAGAUUGUAAAGUUUUUGAUUGAGAUCAUGAAUCGAUUGAUGUUAGACCACCUUUGAAAACCUGGAAGCACUGGACGGCCGUUUCGUCCUUUUGUGGGACUUCUCAGCAGUGCGCAUCCAGUCUCGCGCGCGAACGCUUAACCUACUGGACCACUGAGCUGGCAUCCAAUGUUGUUAAUGUCUAACACCAACCAAUCCACGAAUUAUAGUAAUGUAUUUAGUUGUGAAGUCUAAAUAUUCAGUGAGUGUACUUUGUAGACCUCUGCUACGACGGAAAAUUGAUAACGUAACUGAGCUUUAGUGUACAAAUGCUAGGUAAAUCGAUCGACAAGUUCGUGUCUUUAUCGGUUGAGGUGACUGGAACAUGUAACCAAAAAUCCUUGCCUUGAUGGGCAAUAUUGUCUGGAAUAGAACUAGGUAUAAUUAAACGGAGAUAUAGUAUCAUCCUAUAAGAAUGAUCAUCAACUGUUAAUCUGGGUAGUGUUUGCUGGUGUAGACUACCUGGUUAGGCACACUCAGUGGCUGUAGAUAUUAGGCAACAUGGUUCAAAAUCGGUUAAAAUGCCUCGGACCUAUCCACUCUUUAUCCCUCCUAAAUAUUAAGAUUCUUUAUUAUUUGAAAUCUUUUAAUUCUUCAAAUCCAUUCCUUCUUUUCGAACUGCAUUCUAUAAUGUUUAAUCAUUCUCACUAUUAUUGAUACUGCUACUUGUUUAUUAUUCGUCCUGUUAACAUUUUUGUGCUGAUGUGUGGUACAGUGAAUUGACCUAAUACAUUUAUAUCAAGAUCUGUGUUGAUCACGAUUAACUGGAAUUUCCUGUCCACCCAUAAUUAACUGGUGAAAUUUACGAAUAAUACAGAAGCGGAAAGAUUUCCGUAUAACAUCGUGUACUUCAAACAUUCGAUUACUAAGAUUUAUUUAAAUAAUUUUAUAAUUUUAAUAAAGCUUAAGACCUAAAUCUCUUUGAGAAACUCUAAUCAACUCAAUUAUUAUUAUGGGUAUAAAAAAUAAUUGGAAUGAACACGCCAGCAUGUUUUAUUCAUAAAUUGAGAGUGAAGUACGCUUCAGUUAUUUAAUCAAAUGAAUCGUGUUACGAUUAUGGUUAAAUUGAUAACAUUCGACAAGAUUCAUCAAUCAGAAUCCGGAUGGUAAUUCUGUACCCCAAGUAAUACUUAUUUCGUAUAUGAACUAUUAAAAGGUAAGGGUGUCCAAAGAUAAUAAUAGAGUACACAAUGUGAAAACCAUGCUGGAUAAUUUAUUUAUUUAAAUACAUAAACGUUGGUACAAGAAGGCACCGAAUAGAUAUGCGCCACAUAAAUCAUUCGAAUUGUGUGUGAGCUGUGAUACUGCCCGGGUGCCCAAACUAAAGCAGGUGGUUAUCUUAAGAGGCCACACCCGGAGUCUUCGGCCUAAAGAUCUGAUCCACAAGGUAGUAGAGCAACUUCAGGAGAUGCAGUCCCAUGGUAGCCGGUGGCUAACAAUGGGUUCAUACGCCAUUUGCUCCUUCAGGAUACUGGGGCCCAUGUGCACCAUUGGUUUGGAAUCAGGGUUUCCCAACUCCCCUAGAUGGACUCUACGUAUCCACCGACUCGGGUAAAGCGCCGGACAUCCGCUUUUCGUCCUCUCAAUUUCGUAAGCACCCUCGCCGCGAGAAGGUGGUGAGUAGGACUUCACUAGCAGUGAUUGUAUGCACGCUGGAUAAUGGGUUAGAAUAAGCCCUUUAUUAAACCACCUUUAUAUUGGAUUAGACUGGAAACUAAGAUAUUGUCCUGUUCUUGUCGGCUUUCUAUAUAUGGAUAUUAUUAAUAAUAGUUAUUAUAUUAUUGGUGCAACAGUAUUCUCAGCACAAAGUAAUUCUUGAUCAACCCUGACGAUAAAUACUGGGUGACCACCAAUUAGAUGUUAGCAGUUCAGGAAUCGACAUCUGAAUAUUGUACAUUAUUUUCGUUGCAUAUUGCCAGCAACCACGAUGUCUGUGAUUGGGUUUUUUUGUAACCUGCACAGCGAAAAGUUGUGAAAUUUUCAUAAACGCACAAAAACAUAACUUGAAAUAUUUAGAUGUUAAGAACGGGUAGCCCAGAUGUUCAAACAGGUCUUAUACACAUAACUACACAAUAAGUGAUAUAAAAACUAAGCGAUUGGUUUUGUUUUUCGCCGAACAUGUUUUUUCAAUAAUAUAGAAUACAAUGUUUCUUUGUAUUUCAACAAAUAUUGUUACGAAUAUAGAGCGUCUUUACAGAAUGUUUCUUUUUCACAGGUAUAUGAACAGGUUCGACAAAUGAUGAAAACCUUGAAUAUCAUCAGUUGCAAAUGAAGAACAGAGAAAAAAAACCCUUAAUUCAACUUCCGUAUUUGUAUUUUACAAAUUAAUGCUAGUUGUAUUUGCUAUGACUUAUUCCCCCCCUCUCUCUCUCUCUUUUAUUAAUAAAAAAGACAAUGUUGUUGCAUAAUGAUCAUUAUUUUAUAGUUGAUUCGACAUAAACAAACACACCAUGCACUGAUUGUUUCUUAUUAUCGACUCCAAGAAAAUCAUAUAAGUCAAGAUUAUUUUUCAUUGGGAAGAAAAUUAUUUAAGUAGCAGAACUAUGCGAAAAUGAAGUAUCGGUGUAAAAUUAAAAUUAUUAAUUUCAAAUAUUUCUAUUUGAAUACAAAGAAAUGAUUCAACUUUGUCAGUUAUAACAGAAUCUAUUUUUUUUUGUUUUGCAGAAAGAGAUGCGAUUUUCUUGUCUUUAUAUUCUUUGAUAAUCAUGUCAUAACGUGUAAUAAUAAUAAUAAUAAAAUAUAUUGCCCAAUGAGUUAUUUCACACACACUUGGUUUCUAAAUUGUACAGCUUUGUAGAUGUUCUAUUUUGUAAUCCAUAAGCUUACGAUUAUUUCAAAUUAUGAAAAAUCUAAAGAUAUUUAAUAUGAACGGAAGCGACGUGUUCUGGAGAGCUCGUCAACUUAUCUUCACAAGAGUAAUCUCCUUAAACGACUGAGAGAAGUGUGAAAUACGAAUCCCAUGAAAAAAAACAAAUAUUUAAGAAGAAUGAUCCUUUCUCCAAGAAACAUCACUCGAAUGUAUAACACAAAGUGACAAGGAUAGUUACGUGGGUAUCAAACGAAAUUGGCACUAAUAAAAAUACCUUGUCUAUCUGAAUACAGA